CCUCGGUCUCUGAUACUGAGAACCACCUUGUUAUGCCUGUGAAUGUUUUUAUUUUGCAGAAGACUCGCAUGGAUUAUGUGGGACUCUGAAGAUGUAAAGGUCCGGUGCGUGGGGCUGUCUGCUAGCUCUCUGUGUUUCACAGACCUUUGACUAGAAAAAGCAGUGAGAGUGUGUUUUAGUCAUGCUGACUAGCAAGGGUCUGGGAUGCCUUCGCUUGGGUGUGUGCCUCUGGUUGUGUGUAUUCAUACCUUUCUUUAAAGACGGUGCAGGCUGUGCGUCUGAGGAGAGACUCUUCCACAAACUGUUUUCUCGUUACAACCAGUUCAUCAGGCCUGUAGAAAAUGUUUCGGAUCCCAUCACGGUGUAUUUUGAAGUGGCCAUCACACAACUGGCCAAUGUGGAUGAAGUAAACCAGAUCAUGGAAACCAAUCUGUGGCUACGUCACAUCUGGAAUGAUUAUAAAUUGCGCUGGGACCCAAUGGAGUUUGAUGGCAUUGAGACUCUUCGAGUUCCUGCAGAUAAGAUCUGGAAGCCCGACAUUGUUCUCUAUAACAAUGCUGUGGGCGACUUCCAAGUCGAAGGCAAGACAAAAGCUCUUCUGAAAUACGAUGGCACCAUUACCUGGACUCCACCAGCCAUUUUUAAGAGUUCCUGUCCUAUGGACAUCACUUUUUUCCCUUUUGAUCAUCAAAAUUGUUCCCUGAAAUUUGGUUCCUGGACCUAUGACAAAGCUAAAAUCGAUCUCCUCAUCAUUGGAUCUAAAGUGGACAUGAAUGAUUUUUGGGAAAACAGUGAAUGGGAAAUUGUUGAUGCUUCAGGCUAUAAGCACGACAUAAAAUACAACUGUUGUGAAGAGAUAUACACAGAUAUAACCUAUUCGUUUUACAUUAGGAGGUUGCCGAUGUUUUACACCAUUAAUCUGAUUAUCCCCUGUCUCUUUAUUUCAUUCCUAACCGUGUUGGUCUUCUACCUUCCUUCUGACUGUGGCGAAAAAGUGACACUUUGCAUUUCAGUUCUGCUUUCUCUGACUGUGUUUUUGCUGGUCAUCACAGAAACCAUUCCAUCCACAUCGCUCGUGAUCCCACUGGUGGGUGAGUACCUACUGUUCACCAUGAUCUUUGUCACACUGUCCAUCGUGGUGACUGUGUUUGUGUUGAACAUACACUAUCGCACCCCGACAACUCACACCAUGCCCAAGUGGGUGAAGACGGUUUUCCUCCAGCGGUUACCCCAGAUCCUGAUGAUGAGGAGGCCUCUGGACAAGACAAGGAAGACCAGUUCUGAUAAAAACCCCAAAAGCAUUUCCAGUAGGCCUACCAAAGUCAAGUUGGGUAAUCACAGAGAGCCCAGACUCCUUAAAGAAUGCUGCCACUGCCAUAAAUCACAUCGGCUUGCGACCAGCAAGAGAAGGCUAAGUCAUCAGCCUUUACAGUGGGUGACGGAAAAUUCGGAGCACUCACCUGAAGUCGAAGAUGUGAUUAAUAGUGUUCAAUUCAUAGCAGAAAACAUGAAGAACCAAAACGAAACGAAGGAGGUAGAAGAUGACUGGAAAUACGUGGCCAUGGUGGUGGACAGAGUGUUUCUUUGGAUCUUCAUCGCCGUCUGUGUGUUUGGAACCACAGGGCUGUUUCUACAGCCGCUGCUGGGGAGCGCAGGGAAAUCUUAGGGAUGUUAUCUUUACAGCAGUUGAAAUUCACACCUGAAGUUUACUGAUGCUGUAUUUGUUCUGUGUUCCCCACCGUAAGGGAAGGGAUAUGAAGCUUCCCAGCUAACUCCCCCAUCUACUGAAGCUGAUGGCUAUGUGGGAAACAAGGACUUGAUUGCAAAUUGGGAGCCCGGAGGCUCCCCCUUGGUAGCACAGAGGAAUCCUUGAAAUCUGCUGCACUGCCGGAGCCCAGAGUGGCAGCAGCCACAGGCUUCUCUCGUCUGGACGUGUUGGGCUUUCCAGGGACACGAUGAACCGCAACACAGCGAAGCAUGUCAUCAACACCAAGCCACACUUACAGGGGGUUCUGUUGUCCCUCCAGCUGAGGCUUCACGUGCCAGACGUGAAGCCCUGGUGCACGGGCCUUACCGAUGUUUGCCCUGCCUGUGAACUCCUGUGGGUUUGCUUUCUGGUGCAUGUCUCUGUGAUGUAACUCACACACCAGCAUUAUUCGAUGCAUUAAUUAGCAAAAAGUAAUAGCGGGCAGUCAGAGUCGGUCUCAGCUGGCUUUUUUUAAUCAGCAUGUAUCUAGCGAGAGACUCAGGUAGUAACCCAGCACUGUGUUCGCUAGGCAUUGUAAAAGUGGCUGAAAUCGGUUGUCCUCAAGCAGUUGCAGCUUUUGGGGAAAAGUCAUAAACGCAAAGAUCUCCAGGACCAAGUGUCACUUGGGGAUGUAACUGGAGCGAUCAAAACAGGAGGACACGGUGUGGGGUGGCCAGGCAAGCCCAACACAGCCUUCGCUGUCCUUUCUCACCAACCGUCUGCAUCUGCCCACUGUAGUGAGACUGGAAACAGAGUGAUUCUUCCAUCGGGUAUUGUGAUCUUGUACCUUUGGAGCGACUCCUUUCCUGGGAGGGAAUUCUGUUUUACUCCACUCGAAUUUAG